CCGCCGGCCAUCUUGGGCGCCCGGAGGCGGCGCCGCGCAGGACGGAGCGGAAGUGCCGUGUGCAGCUUCGCGACGAGCCGAGCCCGGCGCGGCAGCUUGUCCGCGUCCUGCUGCCCGCGGCCUCGAGCCCGCGCUGGGCCGCAGCGGAGCCGCCAGGUGCAGAAUGUCGGAGGGGGACAGUGUCGGCGACUCGGUGCACGGGAAGCCCUCGGUGGUGUACAGGUUCUUCACGAGGCUCGGACAGAUCUAUCAGUCCUGGCUGGACAAGUCGACACCUUACACAGCCGUGCGAUGGGUGGUCACGCUGGGCCUCAGCUUCGUCUACAUGAUCCGGGUCUACCUGCUGCAGGGCUGGUACAUUGUCACCUACGCUCUGGGCAUUUACCACCUCAACCUCUUCAUUGCAUUCCUGUCCCCCAAGGUGGACCCGUCCUUGAUGGAGGACUCAGACGAAGGCCCGUCCCUUCCCACCCGGCAGAAUGAGGAGUUCCGGCCCUUCAUCCGGAGGCUCCCCGAGUUUAAGUUCUGGCACGCGGCGACCAAGGGCAUCCUGGUGGCCAUGGCCUGCACCUUCUUCGAGGCCUUCAAUGUGCCGGUGUUCUGGCCCAUCCUGGUGAUGUACUUCAUCAUGCUUUUCUGCAUCACCAUGAAGAGGCAGAUCAAGCAUAUGAUCAAGUACCGGUACAUCCCGUUCACGCACGGCAAGAGGACGUACAGGGGCAAGGAGGACGUGGGCAAGGCGUUCGCCAGCUAGACAAGGCACCGGGGCCCUGGACACGACCUUUCUCUCCACUAAAGUAGUUGAUUAGGAGGGAGUCGGAUUUUCUCUUUACGAAGGAGCUUCGAUUAUUUGUAACUGAAAUAGCAGGUCCUUGAAGAAACUGGCCUCUAGAUGGAAUCACAUUUAUUCUCAGUGACGCUCAGGCUCAGCAGGCGGGGUGGGCAGGUGGGGGCUGGGGAAGGCAGUGAGCCCGCGGGAAAGAGUCGGGCAGUGCCCACCCGGCCACCAGCCGCCUGCUGGAGGACCCCACCGGAAAGCGUGCUCAUGAUGUGGACAGCCACUGUUGGAAGGACUCAAACUCCACCACCACAAUUGCUGAGGGCCUGGGAUUAUAAAUACAUACUAUAUUUUAAUUGACGUGGUUCGACACGUUUCUUUGACCCAUGCAGAGGUUGCUUUUGAGCAGUUUGCUCCUGUCUCGUGUCCCAGCCUUCUGUAGGACACGGGCUGGUCUCAGCUCCCUGGAGAUGUGAUGCUGGCCUGCAUGCCAACUUUUUGAUAAAAUGAAAUUCUUUCCAGCAUUUAACUCAGUGACUUUUCAAUUCCACCCUGAUUAAAGAAUAUCCCAGUC